AGAUGAUUAUGUGUUACGAUAGAUAUCGUGGGGCAUUUUAUUGCCCGGGAAAUGGCACAUGUUGUGGAAGUUAUGGAAACCAAUAUUGUUGUAAUGAUACAUUUGGGCCUUCAAUCACGUCAAAGGAUGCCUUUUACUUUCUAGGAGUGCUCGGGUUGAUAUUUUUGGUUGCAGUAGUGGGAAUUUCAGUUUGUUGCAAUUAUUUGAAGAGGAUUGAACGACGUGGAGCAUUAAGUUCUAGGACAAACAGAACACUCGGUGAACUAACAGAGACGGCGUCUCAGACAGAAGACGUGGGGCAGGGCGUGGUGGAGGCCGGGACUUCGACGUUGACGCCAAUGGCUACAGUUUUCCCACAUGAUGUAUACGGUUCGACAUAUCAGUACGGUUUAUCAGGAGAUCAGAGCGGGACACAGGAUGAGGCUCGUAGUAACCAACGGUAUAAUCCACAGUCGACUGUUCCGCGAGGGGAUCCGCCUCCUUAUAGCCAAAGGUUAUAGAAAACAGGAAAUCAAUGAACACUAUAUAUACAAGAAUAAGCAGUGGUCAAACAAAUAAAUUAUUGAGAUUUUCACCUGUUAUG